UUCACAAUUACUUGAUAAAAUACAUCAACAAAUUAUUCCAAUCCAAAGUGUGACACUUAAUUCAAAUUGUGAAUUAAAAUUUAAGGAGGUAAUCAAGAAAGCAAAGAAGUCUUGCAAUUGUGCUACAGAUUUGUUUCUCAAAAAACUUACAGAUAAUAAACUUUUAAGGAAAAAUUUCAGUUAUGUAAUUUUGAAAGAUCUGGAAACAUUACUUAGUGAAAAAAUUAAAAACGAACCUAGUGAAAUUACGUUAAUUACGAAUCAUCUAGAUUAUAUAAUGAAAGGCAUAUUUCACCAUCCAAAUAAACACAUUGUUCAAUGGUCCAAUACUGUUCUAAAUGAAAGCAAAUCAAGAAAAUUUGAAGGUCAAAGCAAGCAACCAAACUUUGUUGUUUCAGUUAUCUAUCAACUUCAAAUAGAAGCUGUUGUAUUUGUGGGUGAGGUCAGCUCACCGUCACAGAAAAACAAUGUGUACAAAAAUUGUAAUAAUCUUAUUCAAAUUGGUGUGAUCAUAAAGGAUUGUAUGGAUUUUUCAAUAGAUAAAGGUGCUAAUAUUAAUGUAAUAGGUUUUCAAUGUAUUGAUAAGAAAAUUAAUCUUAUCAAAGGAACAUAUUUUAUGCUUUAUAUUGGUCAAAUUUCUGUGCUGACAUCAGUAAAAGAGAUACUAUUCUUUGUUGAUGAAAUAGAGACACUUUUGGGAGUACAAGAAAUUUUUCAAAAAAUAUAUAAUACGAUAUAUGAUAAGUUCUGUAAUCCAGAAUUACCAACAAUAAAGACAGAAUUCAAAUGUGAUACCCUUAACACUCCCAAAUUUAAUUAA